AUGAAGGGUUUCACGACAGCUUCUAUAAUCGGAUUUUACCUUAUAAAGGGAUAUUUAAGCUAUUUUAUAGCCCCUAAUGGAUAUCUCUGUGAUUUUAAAUUCAAUCCAUUAAUUAAUGUUCUUCCAAGUAUAAACAGAACUGGGGAUAUUGAAGAAGUAGGAUGUACAGUAAAUAAUCCUAGUUUGUCAGAUUAUGUUGCUUUGGUAUGUCCUAAAAAAAAUGAUGGAGAUUAUCAAAAUAUAGAAAAGGUACCGUCAAAAUGUUUUUCGUCAAAUUUAUAUUCUCCAUAUAAAUCUGAAGAUAGUGCACACCAAUUAGAAGAACUUAAAAUCCCAGAAAGAUAUUCAAUAUCAAAAGAGUUUAAAGAUUUUGAUUUAAAUAUUAUAUUAAUUCCAAGUUUACAUAAUAUUAAUAAAACAAUAUAUUGUAGGUGUGAUAACUCCAAAACACAACUCAAGCUUGUUAAAAAUGGUGAUGAAAAUGCAAUAUUACAAGGAAAAUUAGGGUUAGUCAAAAUUAUUCUAAACAAUCAACGAAAUUCUCCAGAAAAUAUUCAUCAUAUUACUCCUAAUACAGAAGUAGGUUCACUUGGUGAUAAAGUUAUUGAAUUAAAAGAAGGAGAAAUUAUUCAUUUAAAAUAUGAUGAUAAAAUCAGAACAAACUUUGAUUGUAAGGAACUUAUUAAUAUGAAAAUGGGUAUUCCAUUGGAUUAUGAUUUAUCUUUGAGAAUGCCAACAGUAUUUCUCAAAGAUAUUAAUUGCAAAUUCUAUUUUAUUUUUAACAAUGCUGGUGGCAUUGCAAAUAUUGUAUUUAAGGCCAAGAAAACAGAAAACAUAGAUGGAUGCGAUUUUACACAACCUAAAGGAAAAGGAUUAUAUAAAAAUGGUUUUGUAUUAAGUGAAAUAAAUAAUGUUGAAGAAAUAUGUACUGUUCAUAUAGGUAGUGGUCAAAAUAGUAAUGUCGCAGGAUUAAAAUGCCCAUACAAAUUAACGCCUGUUUAUUGUUUUAAACAUGUAUUGUAUGAAAAAAAAUAUAAAAACGGAAAUAAUACAUUUCAAACAUUUUUAUUAGAUGAUGUUUUAAGAACUGUUGAUAUAGAAUAUUAUUAUAAUGCCAAACUUUCUGCACACAUUGUUGGUAUACCAACUUUGCCUGAAAAAUCCGAAACCAUACGAUGUGUUUGUGAACAAGAUGGAAAAAAGGGAAUUAUGGAAUUAAAAAUAUCAUCUUCCCAAAAUACAUUUAUUAGUUUUAUUUUAUUAUCACUCAUUGUUUCGAUUUUUUAUUUAUUCUAG